AUGGAAAUCUUACGAAUUUUGAUGAUAACAAAUGAGAAAAUAUUCCAAGUCCAUUUGUAUGUAAAUGACACAUUUUUAUUCAAUUCUCAAACAUUAUCAGUGUCGAAAUAUGUUGGCUUUCAGUCGGAAGAUUUUUACUUGUUUAUUUUUGUGAAGUUGGCAAAUAUUUCAACCAAUCGUACAAUCACCAAAGAAUUAUUAUCAGUGUCUGUUGUUACAAUUCAUUUGUUUUCUGGAGUUCUCUGCAACAAUUUUUAA